AAGUAGAGCCAAGGCCUCCUUAGGCCCGACUCGGAUGCGUCUCCAUAGUAACGGCCGCUCGGACUCAACGCGCCUGCUCCGUCCCCCCGUCUCGCGCGCUCAGCCUGCCGGGAGCGGUAGUUUCGAGUCCCUCCACCACCACCCGCGGGAGCCACUCGUGUGUCUUUCGGGAGAACUGGGGCGCUGCCCUUUUUUCCUUUCGCUCGGCGCCAGCGGUUUUUGCGACCGGGCUGCCGUAAAGCGCGUCCCGCCGCCCUCCCUCCCCCCCCCCGAUUCCCCAAUCCGCGCGGUUUCCUUUCCGGCGAGGCGGGCAGACGAGAAGGAAGGGCCGGAGAGGCCUUGCGUGGAAGCGCGCGAGGAGGGACGACGCGGGAGGACCCCCCGCCCCCACCCGCCCCAGCCCCCUCUCGCUCCGCCCGGCUUCGCGGGGAGCGGCGCCCCGUCGCCCCAGGAUGUUCAAGAAAUUUGAUGAAAAGGAGAAUGUAUCAAACUGUAUCCAGUUGAAAACGUCGGUUAUUAAAGGCAUUAAAAACCAACUGAUAGAUCAGUUCCCGGGUAUUGAGCCAUGGCUAAAUCAAAUUAUGCCAAAGAAAGAUCCUGUUAAGAUAGUACGAUGUCAUGAACAUAUAGAAAUUCUCACAGUAAAUGGUGAACUGCUGUUCUUCAGGCAAAGGGAGGGGCCCUUUUAUCCCACACUGAGGUUACUACAUAAAUAUCCCUUCAUUCUGCCACAUCAACAAGUCGAUAAAGGCGCCAUUAAAUUUGUCCUUAGUGGAGCCAAUAUCAUGUGUCCCGGCCUGACGUCUCCCGGAGCCAAACUUUAUCCUGCUGGCGCCGAUACGAUUGUGGCAAUAAUGGCGGAAGGAAAGCAACACGCACUAUGCAUUGGGGUCAUGAAGAUGGCGGCAGACGAUAUAGAGAAAGUCAACAAAGGGAUCGGCAUUGAAAAUAUUCACUAUUUAAAUGACGGCCUUUGGCAUAUGAAGACGUACAAGUGAAAAACCAGCGGGAAGUAUGCGGCUUGCUCCUGGCCAGCGUGGACUACUCCGUAAUUCUGUUUUUAAAUGUGCACCUGAAUGUACAAAUUUAUAUUGUUCUGUGGCUAAUGCUCAAUAAAUCAAGUGAAUGCUGAA